AUGUGCAUUUAUGUUAGCGAGGUAAAUUCAGAGAUAGAGGUAAAGAGAAAGGUAUUAUCAGUGGCAUUCGAGCAGGCAAAUGUCAUACUAGAAGCAUUUACGAAUACAGGAUAUUGUGUCCAUAAUUUGGGAGGUUUGAUAUAUCGUCACUACAGACCACAGUGGUUCCUUUUAGUGGCAAGUCAGGGUUCGAUGGUGUCCAAAAUAUCCGAAAAAUACAAGAAUACAAAAAGAAGUCUAUUGGGGUACAGAGGGUCGACAGAAGAUCGCCCGUCUCCAUGUGGCCUGUUAAAAAUUGGGAUUGGUAUUAUUGAUACCAAAAUUCCUUUAUUUCAUUUUCUGUAG